AUGAAUACUCAUUUAGAAAUGGUUUAUCUUACUAACAUCUUGCUUUACAUUCAACAAGAAACGACACUUCGUUAUUUUCGUCGAAUUAAUAAAAAGGCACAAGACGCCAUUCGAUGUUUAAAGGUGAAUCCUCGUUCUAUAUAUUAUAGUUACGAUUUUCUUUUUAAUUUUUUUCCACAUCUCAACACUUUAACAGGCAACUUGGAAACAAUACAGCGAUCUUUAACAAAAAGUCAGUUAAACCAAAUCACCUGGCUCGACUGCUCAGACACUCUAACACUUCCAGAAGCAUAUUCUCAAUUCAUUUUAGAUAAAAUUAUAACCAUAUUUGUCAACAUUGAAAGUUUUGUUUUUAUUUCUCAAAAUUGCAGAAACGUAAGAAAAGUUGUUAUAAAUACUGACGACGAUUUAACUGUUCCAAACGUGAAGUUUUUUAAACUUCGAAAAUUCAUAGUGAAAAAUUGCACAGACAAAAAUUUGGUGUUGAACAUUUCACAAUUUGCAGCAACAAACCCAGACGUGUUUAUUGGAAUGCUAUAUUAUAAUAAUGACCACGUGGACAUCACAGACUGUUCUAAUGCAAGAUUUAAAAUAAUUCAAUCUGAAGUAAAUACAGAAGAAGUUGUAAAAUAUAAUACAGUGUUUGAAGACAUUGUGAAAAGAGCAUUCAAUAUAAGUCCAAUUACUAUCAAAAAACUUGACCAAAGCACUUUAAACCCCGAGAUAAUGUAUAAAUUAAAAUAUAUCAGAGCUUCACCCACAAAACCUCCAACCGAAAUUUCACUUAAAAUAGAAAAUAAUAUUGCAAAAGUAUUCGAUUUCUCAAAAUACACGAGUGUCAUUAACAUCAAACUCAUUUUUGAAUUAUCAGUCGCCGUGUCACUUGUUUGUCCAGUGAAAAAUCAAUAUUUUGGCAAUUUAAAAUUUCUUAAUGUCAUGUCGAAAUCUGACAAUCCAAUUGACUUUGUCGGGUGUAACGGCUGUGACAAUUUGACCGCGAUUCACAUCGAGUGCAAUAUAAAACGAAUUGUUAUAAAUACACACAACAAAGUUCAUUUGGUGUUGAUAAAUACAUCUAAAAAUAAAGCAAGUUUGAAUUUUCAAAAUGCACCCAAUUGUAAUUAUUGUGCUAUUAAAGGUAAUUUCGAUUUGGAAAUAAUUUCUUUUAAAAAUACGGGGUUGGAUUCUUUAUUUGAAUUCAAGGGGUGGGAGUCCCUCAAAAAAGUCAAAUUUUACACCGAAAAAGAUAUCAAAAUAUACCAAGCAAGAGUUGUUGCAAAAAGAAUAUGUGAUUCAUUAGGAAGGAAAAUUGAAAUCCAGUUUUGUGGGAAAGAAAACACCAUUAAUAUGUAG